CAAUACUGUGGCGGACAGAUAUCGCGGAUAGGAUUCAUAAGUCACGUGUUCUAUGACGUCAGUUGAGCACCAUAUACGCCCCGUUGACACGCAGGGCGUGUUGGAGCAGUUUUACAUAAAAGCAACUUGGCGCAACGUAAAGCAAACUAGGGAGUGAAGGCUUGACGUCGAAAUAUCGCAUCACCGACGUUAUACACCAUGUCAGAAACGAAGCACAUCGUCUUCGAUAUAGUCGGCACGCUUGUGUCGCACGAGCACUUCUACGCCGUCAUCGACCAACGCCUUGGGUCUAAACUCCAGCCCCACAAUAUCUCCGCACGUCUCCUUGGUUACGCAUGGCUCGAAACGGCAGAGCGUGAAUAUACAUACCUCUCGCUUUCGGGCUCUUACGUCCCAUUUGCCAAGGUUUUCGAAUCCAUCUUUUUCCGCGUCUUGCACUUCGCUGGAGUAGCAGAACCGCGUAGUGUGGCGAGCGAAGAAGAUGUGAAGUACUUUAUGCAAGAGUACAAGAAAUGUGAGGUUCGGCCUGGUGCAAAGGAAUGUGUGGACAAAAUAAAGGAGGCUGGUUGGACAGUCUGGGCAUUCACUAGCGGCGAUCGCGAAAGAGUGCUGGGAUACUUUGAGAAGGGCAACAUCAACAUCGACGGUGAUCAUGUCGUUACAUGUGACGAGAUUGGUGUAGGAAAGCCAGAAGUUCAGGCAUACGAAAGGCUGAGAGGAAAGAUUGGUGUUGAGAAUACAGCUGGGGAGCUUUGGUUUGCCGCUGCACAUGGCUGGGACGUCAGCGCUGCGGGGAGGGCUGGGUUCAAGACGGCAUAUUGCUUGGUGUUGGAAAAAGAGGCUUUAGAGGAUGUGUUUGGAAAGAUGGACAUCGUUGCUGAAACGCUGCCAGCGCUUGCAGAGAAAGUGACUUCUCAAUGAGAGGCAAUUAGAGAAGAUAUAUUUCGAAUAUGGUGACAACCCAGUUUCUACUGCCAUUCAUACUGACCAGUAGCCACAAACGAAGUUACUGCACUGCAGUUAUUGCUU